UACAUAACAAUCGACAUCUCAAUAUGAAAGCAGUGGGUUUAAGUGUUGUUUUUAUCGCCUUUUGUUCGAUUUGUGGAGCGGAUGUUCCUUUCCCAUCUUAUGAAGAACUUGUAUCGUUUGACUUGAGAAAAUUAAACCCAAAACCACAGAGAAACAACACAUACAAAUUAUUAGAGCUGAAGUCGGUGAUCAAUCAAGUACAUGAUGUCACUUUCCUGAAAUCGUUGGUAGAUUCUAACGAUGGCUUUUUAAGAUCAUCCACAGAAGAUGGGCCUAACCUUUUAGCCGACAACUACACGGUGUCUGAAGGAUGUCGAGAGAGCUGGAAUCAGACAAUGACGGCGUUGACCAUAAAUGAGUUUUGGGCUUUAAAAAUGAUUGAUGCUUCCGCCAAAAUUGAACCUGGGAUCUUAGAUGGUCAUUCAAAGUGGCUUGGGUCUUAUGACGAAUGUUUUAAUUUGGAAGCCCCCGUGAAGCACUUUUACUUCGAACCCGUUGAGACACAGUUCUGUUUUGCCCAAAUUCCAGCUAAACUGCAAUAUAUUCCUUUGGAGAUAGAUAUGGGGUUAUGUGUACCUAAAGCUUGUUCACCGAGGGAUAUAAUGAAACUUUACAACGACCUAUUUGCUACAAUUGAGAGGUUCCGACCUACUGCCAAUCCAAUACGUGUUAAACGUGUAUAUUGCCCCGAGAAACCAGAAAUUGACACAAGAGCCAUCGUUGCUAUAGUAAUUCUCGGAAUAUUUGCCGCCCUAAUAUUAUCAAGCACUGCAUAUGAUGUCAUCGUCAAGCAUUGGUUGCGUCAGCCCGAAGUGAAUUCUUCGAAACCUGCGUUAUUAGAACAAUCUGCAGAGACCGCCUUACAUAACGAGAAAAGUCCUUUGUUGAUGCAGGAUAGGGCAAAUAUUAAACAAAAAGAGGACUCAACUUUAGAGAAACUGAUACUUUCGUUUUCGGCUUUUUCCAAUGGGAAGAAGAUUCUUCAAGUAAAUCAGUCCGCGGGAACGCUGACAGCCUUGAAUGGGAUAAGAUUCCUCAGUAUCUCCUGGGUUGUUCUGGGACACACCUAUGCAUUUAGCAUGAAUGACGCAAGUAACACAAGUUCUGCAUAUCAAGAGAUCAAACGCUGGACCUUUCAAGCUGUCUCUAACGCCUUAGUUUCCGUGGAUUCUUUCUUUGCUUUAAGCGGACUGCUUUUAUCAUACCUAACACUGAAGGCUAUGAAGAAUGGGCAUGGAAGGCUAAGAAUCAACUGGUUUAUGUUUUAUUUCCAUAGAUUUUGGAGAUUAACACCUGUGUACAUGAUAAUGAUAAUGAUCAGUGCCUGUCUAAGUCGUUAUUUUGGAGACGGACCUUUGUGGCCAAAGAAUGGGUUCGAGCCAGAUUUCUGUAAAGACACGUGGUGGAGAAACCUUCUUUAUAUCAAUAACCUGUUUAAUAAAAAACAGUGCUUUGGAGUUUCUUGGUACCUUGCCAACGAUAUGCAGUUUUUCGUAAUAACUCCGCUGAUGCUAAUUCCAUUAUAUUUCCAUUAUCCAUUAGGAAUUGGCGUUUGCUUUGUCUGGCUAUUGGGUUCUGCAAUUGCGCCAGGGGUCGUCUCCAACGUCUUGGAUCUCCCUCCCUCUAGUUUUGGUGGAGGCGGAUCACCAGAGGGUAGAGGAGACUACUUUAACAACUAUUACAUCAGACCUCACUGUCGGAUAGGACCUUACAUUGUCGGAAUUAUUGUGGGAUCUCUUCUGUAUAAAACAGACUGUAAAGUAAAAAUCAACAAGUUUCUGAACCUACUGCUGUGGCUUAUCUUUGCAACACUGGCCAUUCUUGUCCUAUAUGGACUCCGUAACCCCAUCAACUAUCCAGAGGAUGCCCUUAAUCGGGACGUCUCGGCUCUCUACAACGCCACCCACAAAAUCGUCUGGGGAGCAUGCGUGUGUUGGGUCAUAUUUGCUUGUGCUACCGGAAAUGGUGGAUUCAUUAAUACUCUUCUUUCUUGGUCUCCAUUCGUCCCUCUCGCUCGACUCUCCUAUUGUAUAUACCUAACUCACGCCAUGGUUAUAUGGACUUUCUUAGGGAUGCAACGCACUAACAUAUACAUUGACGACAUAAAUACGAUUUAUCUCUUCCUUGGUCAUUUGGUUCUUUCCUGUAUGACGGCAUUUGUGGCAUCGGUUUCAUUUGAAGCUCCGAUGAUGGGAUUAGAAAAAAUACUUCUCAAACGGCCAAGUCAUAAGUGAUCAUACUUAGAUAUAGAACACACGAGGAACUUAAAUAUCUCUGUUGUUAGGUUAUAUACAGUAGUUUUGUUAUUUUUAUGCACAUUUGAGUAUAUUUUGUUCUUCAACAUAAAUUGGUUUAUUCCACUUAGUUCAAUGUUAUUAAUUUUAUUUUUGAAAAAAAAAUGGGAGAAGAGCUUGCAUAUGCAUACGGCUCCGUGCACUUUUUCAACUCGCAUGGUUUUUCACACAAUUCAACGUCACAUUGCUAUAAUGCGAAAUUGGGUAACGAGGUUACAACAUAUAUUCUAAAAUUGUGAUUUAUAACGAAUUUAUUUUUAUAUCACU